AUGUGCAGCGAGAGCGAGCGCGAGCAGAAUGCGGCACUGCAAGACGAGGAAAUCGAGGUGCUUCAGGCCAUCUUCGCGAACGAGUUCCAGUUGAGCGCCGACUUUGAUGAACCUCAUGGCGCGCGGUCGUUCACGAUCGACGUGCCUGGACCUCACUCCAGUGGCCAUCGUGCAAGAGACACCAUCUUCCACCGCUCGAACGGCCAAGUCUGCUUGUACGAGUGGAUCGCGGACGUGCGGGAGGUCUACGCCACCCGUCAGACGGAGGAGCCCGAGUCUGAAGCUGCCGAUUGCGGCGAUGCGGUACCUCUUCCAGAGCCGGUAAGCUCGGCUUGCUUUUCGUCCAACCCGCAAACUCUGCGGCCGCGCACUAAAACAGCUCAAGCGCUGCGCGACCGCGACCGCGAGGCCCGACUGUCCCCGUUGAUCUUUCACAGCGGCACCAUCCUAGACCGCAAGAGCGUCUUCCAGGGCCACGCGUGCCCCAUUUCCUGCGUGGCGGACAUGCGCUCCUUCCUGGCCGUGCUGCUGGACGAUCGGAAGAUCAGUCGCGCGUGCUACAACAUGCUGGCGUAUCGGCUCACGGGCGCCUUCACCAUCAAGGACACCGACGAAGACGAGGAGGACGGCGCCGGCAGCAAGAUGCUGCACCUCAUGGAGCUGAUCAAGGCCGAGAACGUGGCCGUGGUGGUCACGCGCUGGUGCGGCGGCAUCCACCUCGGGCCGGACCGCUUCAAGCACAUCAAAGUUUGCGCGCGUGAGGCGCUGGAGGGCGGCGGCUUCAUCGACGUCUCGGCGCUGCCCCAGAGCAGAAAGAAGACGAGGAACCGCAAGCAGGGACCGAUCUGA